CCAACUCCUCAUUGAGAAACCCGGCGUUUGUUUUGAGAUUAUCUUCAAUUGACACCACAUUUCAGUUCUUCAUUUAAUCGCCAUUUCGUGGGAACCAUGUGUUGGUUAAAAGCGUUGAGUUUGCUAUCAGUGAUAGUGAUCUCGCAAUCAAUGGAGACAUUGGUGUUGUUGGACAACCUGUCCAUCCGAGAGACUCACUCACUGUUCUUCAAAUCACUGCAACAGCGAGGCUUUCAGUUGACGUACCGAUCGGCCGAUGACCCGUCCCUCUCGUUAGUCAAAUACGGCACUCAUAUCUACAAACACCUCGUUAUCUUCGCGCCGUCCGUCGAAGAAUUCGGUGGUAACGUGAAUGUGGAGGCGAUCACUGAGUUCAUCGACAACGGCGGCAAUGUAUUGGUCGCCGCCAACAGCAAUGUCGGCGAUGCCAUCAGAGAGUUGGCCGCAGAGGUAGGCGUCGAGAUCGACGAAGAGGGCGCUCAUGUGAUCGAUCACAUGAACUAUGAUGUCUCGGAUGAGGGACAGCACACGACUAUUGUGGCCGACUCGGAGAACCUGUUGGCGGCGCCCACUAUAGUCGGCGACCGCACCACCAUUGGACCCAUUCUUUACAGAGGCAUUGGAAUGAUGUCGGUCACUCGAGGUGUCCUUUAA